AUGAAAUUAUAUUUCAACGUAAUGAAUACCGAUUUGAUAGAACACCAUAGAUUGGGCGCAUGUAACAUUUUGACAACCUGAAUGUGUGAAUUACGCCGCAUGUAUUUAUAAAUACAUGCCUACGUGUGCGUGUGCGUCACAGGGGCAUUUGGGCAGAGAACUGUCAACAUGAACUACUUGAGAAGAGAUAACGAGCGCCUGAUCGGCAAUGAAAUUGUUCUCACAACGGCACCCAGCGCAAACACUGAAUCUAGCCAAGAAUGUACCGUAGGUGCAGGAUCGUUGGCUACAAUCUUUCUAAUAGUCAACGCUACGCUGGGUGCUGGUCUGCUAAAUUUUCCACAAGCAUUUGAUAAGAGUGGCGGUGUGAUAACCUCUAUAUUAGUGCAGCUGGUCUUUCUCAUUUUUAUUACAACUGCAAUAAUAGUUUUAGCACAUUGUAGCGAUAGCACUAAUAGUUCGUCGCUACAGGAUACUUUAGCUGGACUAUGCGGACCUAAGUCAUUAACAUUCUGCGCUAUUUGUGUAGUUGUUUAUAGCUUUGGCUGCUGCAUUACAUUUCUAAUCGUCAUAGGGGAUCAAUUCGACAGAGUUUUGGCAACCGUAUAUGGCACCGAUUUUUGCCACUAUUGGUACCUUUCAAGAGGAUUUACAUCUACUCUAACCUGCUGUAUCCUCAUUCUUCCAUUAUGUUUCUCAAAAAGAUUGGAUGUGUUGAGCUAUGUAAGUUCUCUUGGCUGUCUGGCAGUAAUCUAUGUUGUAUGGUUGAUAGUUUAUAAAAGUUACAUAAUAAUCGGCGAGCCCUCAAAGCCGAUGAAAAUGUGGCCCAUCCAUUGGACCGAAAUAUUCCAAGUGGUUCCUGUGGUAUGCUUCAGUUAUCAGUGCCACAUGUCUGUGAUACCUAUGUAUGCCUGCAUGAAGGAUCGAAAACUUGGGAAGUUCACUGUUUGUGCAAUCGUCAGUAUGCUAGUUUGUUUCAUAGCAUACACCAUAGCUGGGAUUUUUGGCUACUCGACAUUUGGAAUCGGAAAGGUACCCGAUGACAUUCUGCAGGGAUACUCGGAUGGUGGGACAUUUUUGACAGUUGCAAUUGUUGCGAUCGCGCUUAAAAAUGUUACAACUUACCCAAUAAUCUUAUUUUGUGGCCGCGAAGCGUUCCUUGGCCUUUGCACCGAGUACAUUCAGUCGCUUUUUAUGUCCAGAGUAAUUUUAUCUCUGGUUUGGGUUGCCCUCAACUUAGUCAUAGCUAUCACGGUGUCUGAUAUUACACCAGUUAUAAAUUUGAUGGGUUCCUUGUCAGCAGCUUUCAUUUUUAUUUUCCCAGGAAUUUGUCUGUUACAAAAUACUCUAAUAAAAGAUCCAUACUUGUACCUGAACAAAGAUAAGUGUAUUGUCAUUUUCUCGGCAUUUUUGUUAGCCGUAGGCGCGUUUGUUUGCGGCGUUGUCUUUGUAGAGUCCAUACAGGAUAUGGUCAGGGAAAAAUCAACCUCGUCACUUGUCACAGGUUUCAGAAUCGGAAUCAGAGAUAGCUUGUGCGUUUGACAUUGAAAUAUGGCUUUCAUAGAGCAUUCCAGAAGGCCGAAGGCAACCAAAUGAUAAUACUUUACUACAUAUAUUUAAGAUAAUGGUAUACUUGCAAUUUGAUGAGAGCUGAAAAAAAACUCGAUGCUCUAUAAAUAUGCACGAUAUCAUUGCAAACGAUAAAAUAUAAGUGAUUUUAUUGGUAAUUAUAAUAUUAUAGUGUGAAACUUUUUAUAAUAAUUAUCAAAUUCAGACUGACAUUUUUGUAAUGAACUAUAGAACCAUUGUGAUCUCACUACCUACCUAUUUUGAUAAUAAAUAUUUGCCUUUCA